UUUAUUGAAUAACACAAAUGACAUUAUUCAUUUAUGCUAAUCGCGUUCGAAUCAAACUCGAAAAUCUCCGCCAUUGAACAGUCGCAGUUAUAAACCGGCAAAGAAGGUGCGCACUCGGGACCUUUCAAUAUACAAACACCGUGGUUCUGUUCGCUGUAUUCCACGCCAUGACUAAAAUUUGUCGGAAGAGUAGGAGUGCAGUCGCUGUGACAGGUCAAACGGUGAAUAGCGAAGUUACUUAAUAUUUGCCUAAUACGCCAAACGUUUCUCGUAUCGAAAAACGUUGAGUGAUUUAUUCUCGGUUCUUCGUUUCUAUUUCGUGAAUUAUUGUUAGCGGUGAAGAUUCGCUAUUUUCGUAAGAACAGUAGAAUUUACGGAACAAGAAGAGAGCAAGCGCAGAAACCAAACGGAAUGGAGGUGGACGAAUGUUCAGCUGGUGGAGACAGUGCAGCAGAAGAGGAUGAGGAUGAUGCAUCAUCUCAUGGCUCUAGAAGCAAUAGUAGCAGUAGUAGCAUUAGUGGAAGUAGUACAUCCACCGAUAGCGGUGAUGACAGCGGAGAAGAACAUGCUACCAGUGGCAGUGAAAGUCAUAGUUCUGGGGAGGAUGACGAAGAAGAUAAUGAAAAUACAGAAUAUUCUAUUCAAGCAGAAAGUCCAGAUACUCUGAAAUGGGAAACUUGUAUCGCUGCAAAUACCAAGGUGAAGUUGCCACAAGAUCUUUGUGAACAUGCUGCAAUAUUUAAGGAAUUUCUGGACUAUCCUUAUAUUUGGAACGAAUGUCUUACAGAGAGUCAGAGGGAAGCUUUGUGUAGUUUGUUACCAAGUUUCCCAAAAGAUUGUGAUGUUGAGGCAGAAAUAGAGAAGACAUUGCGCAUGUUGUUUGAACGUGAAAAUUACAGAUUUGGUGUAGCACCUUUAACCGCAUUCCAUGACCAUCUGUCAGCUGGUCAUUAUCGACCAGAUAUUAGAAGAAUGUGCAGUUUGGUACGUAAAGCACAGCAAAGAAGAUUGUUAUUCGAAGAACGGAAACGGUCAUACGAACUCGCCAGCCAGUUAUUGAAAUCUAGAGAGAGCUUGUUGACGAACGCGUACAAGCAAGGUUUCUGCCAACCAACGCAGAGGACGAUGUCGAAAGUUCAAUGGAGAAAACCAAAGCCUGCUAUGGUUGAAGAGAAAACGCAACUGCGCUAUUUGGAGGAACUGAAUGCACUGAGGACAGAGCUUGGAGCAAGCACGAAGUUAGCUGCUGAUACGACGUCCGAGAAUGAAGAGAACUAUCCACAUUAUCAACUAUCUGGGGCUAAGCAGAAGAAGAAGAGGCGUUCUUUAAUGGGUCCACAAGGCCUUUCCAUUAGAGGUUUACAAAUGAAUCACGAAGAUGAGACGAUUCGACCUGUCUUUUCUACAUUGCAACGGGCAGAGUAUCCUACACACAGAUCUUUCAUUCGCGAACAGACGGAGGAGAUGUAUCGCGAAAUGUUGUUGGAACAUAAAAAGAGGAGAGCGCGACGAGAUAUACAUCCGGAAUUGAAUACGCAAGGUAUUGCUUUGGCCGAUCUCACUCAAAGAGCACAAAUCGGCCAGAAGCAUAAAUUAUCUAUUGGACCAGCCGUUCGUAUUACGCCAGCAAAGAAACGAAUAAAAUUAGAGCAGUCGCCUUUGUACCCUCCUGCACCGAGAUUACUGAAUUCGGUGAAACACGAAAGCGAUAACAGUGAUUAUUCUCAUACAACCGAUGAAAACAGACAUUCCAGUAUGUUGGACAUGGAUCACAGAAUGUUAACGCCAAUCAAAUCCGAACCGAUGGAUGGGUACGAAGUUCAUUCGAUGCCCAAGAAAAAAUUUUUUUCUUGCAGAAGUCCUACCACACCAAAAGGCAGUAAAUCGUCCGUAAUGACCACGCCAGAAAUUAAAAAAGAAAUAGAGGACAUAGAAUACGAGGAUAUUAAAAUUGAACUUGGCUCCGGGAUGAAUGAAGAUGUUCCUCCCGAGACAGAAGAGGAGGAGGAGAAUGAUAAAAAGGAAGUGGAUUUGGAUAGCAUUGACAUGAUGCAAAUACCAAUACAGUUAGAUGACGGAAUUGAUAUAUUGGAUGACGUGAAAUGCGAGGAUGAAGGAGUAAUAUCGAUACAACACAAAGAAUUAACCGUCCCAUCGAACGAUGACCAUAUCGAUAUUAAUAGCGGAGCGGAAUUAAUGCAAGAAACACACGCAUGCUUUUUCUCCCUGUUAAGAGACGCGUUCACCUCAAAAGGUGAAUACAGAAUGAGUACAGGAGAAAUGCGAGAUGCCGUGACGCAGUGGCAAGGGAAUCCUAUUUCACCGUUAAACGAUUGGUAUUCCCUGGCUUCUUCGUGGCCUGCAUUGGUUCCACUAGCUCUGGGAUUUCUUGCCGGUGAACUUACGUACAGUCAGGAGAUAGGGGACAGACAAGAACGCGAGCUAGAACUCGUUCCCUACUUAGAAAAUAAAGGAAACGGUCUUUACGCUUGGAUCGGAGCUGGCCGAGACUCUGAUUCUCGACUCUCGGAUUUGUGCGCGAAAUUUCUCCUGUACAAAGAUUCAUUGUGUCCACCAGUGUCUAUCUCUUGCUCCAUAGUAGCUGUGAAACAGCAAUCUCAAAUAAUUCAGUCUAGCAUUAGUAACGUUAACAACGUUACUGGCAAUGGAAGUACAAACUCAAGUGGCAGAGAUAAUAGCCCUGCCAUAGAAUCCAUCAGCGUAGACGGUGGAUCUAUCAAUACAGUUGCAGAAUGGGAGCCACCGCGAGCUCUGUGGCCAACCGAAUGGAAAGUACGACCCUCCACACCGGAUGAACGCGAGGAAUUCAGAAGACAAGAGCGUAUGCGUUACGCUGCUCCUCACAAAGCGUUCACUUAUAGAAUGCACGGCUACGCAUCCGUUGUUGGCCCUGUGAAGGGUAUUUAUCAACAUAACGUCGCUUCUGGGUUGACGAAGGCUCGUGGACAUUCGUUGCUGGUAGCGGACAGACCAAAUUUCGUGACAAUCUUAGCGCUAGUCAGAGACGCUACCGCGAGGCUUCCGAACGGCGAGGGAACUCGAGCCGAUAUUUGUCAGCUGCUGAAGGACUCUCAGUACAUAAGAGAACAGACAGACAGCGACGAUAAGGAAGGAUACUUGCAUUCGGUUGUGUCUGGUGCUCUGGAUAGAUUGCAUUAUGAAACUGAUCCUUGUGUGAGGUAUUACCCGCGACGAAAGGAGUGGUUGUAUCUUCAUCGAGCGCGUUCGGAGUCUGAAUUUGAAAUGUAUCACCAACAGCUGCAAGGUGUUGCAAAGAAUAAAAAGAACGUUGCUAGCAUGUCCAGAAAUAAAGCUCUGCCGCCGGUUAUAAAGCCUUCCGUUAAUAAAGAGCAGUCUCCAAACAGCAGCAAGGAAAGUACGCCUAAAAAGGAAAGAAAGACGACGGCCACAACUCAACCAGUUAUAUCAAGGAAAGAGCAGAAGAAGAAUGAAGAGAAGGUUAUGAACGAUCAUUCAGUUUCAACGGAGCAGUCCAUUGUUUCUAACGUAAUGAGUACGAUAAACUCAACGCCUACAUCAGGCAUCGCUGUAUCAGGAACUUCUGUUCCUGUGACGUCUCUGCCAACGUCUUGCACUGCUAUCAGUACUGUCACUGUAGAGAAGGAUGGAACCUCUAACGAAAUGAAACCACAGGUCACAACAACAACCCCAGCGAAGAAAGCAACGAACAUCAGCGGUAAACCGGUUGCUGUCGUGAAAACGAGUGCUCAGAGUUUACUGCAGUCGAACCAGCAGCACUUCCCUCAUCACCAAAUCCAAGUGUCGACGUCUGCAGGUUUGCAGACUAUUCGAUUAUCUGGGCAUUCGGUGCUGCAUUCUACCCAGUCGGUCGCUGCCAGUAGUGUCACCAAUUCUAACGUGACCACAAGUUUGACGACAAUACUGCCACCUAAUAAAACGCAAAACCAACAACAGCAACAGCAGCAAUCGCAGCAGUCGCAACAACAGCAACAAGCGAUUGUCACGAAUCAAGCUGGGAAAAGUAUCUUACAGUCAGCUAAUAUAAAGCAGCAGCAGUCUCAACAGCAGCAUGUUCUACCUGGGAAGACUCUGCUGGCCUCGCAGAUAAAAUUAGUUAGUCCUGGUCAGAUCAAGUCGCUUCUCACUGGUCAUGGUCUGCAGGGACAGACGAUAUUUAUUAAACAGUCGUCACCGUCCAGUAAUCAAUCACAACAAAUACAACAGCAACUGAAACAGCAGCAACAACAACAGCAGCAGCAGCAACAACAGCAGCAACAGCAACAACCGCAAAUCCAGCAACGGGUUGUAGGAAGUCAACAGCAGUCGAUACAGACUUCGGGGAUGCAACGCAUAAUCGCGCAGAUAGGAGGCAAACCGAUUGCAGUGCAGAUACAGCAAUCACCACAUCAACAACAGCAGCAGCAAAAGAUUCUGGCGAAAGUUCUAACCAGUUCUGGCGGGGGUCAGCUGAUAUCCGUAGAGAGUCUCCUUGCUCAGAAAGGAUUGAAGUUGGCGACGACGACAGCUCAUGCUAAUCAACUGAACAGACAGGGGAAACAAGUUAUACAAACUCAGUAUCAGGUUGUGUCGCAAGCGCAAACUUCAUCGGGACAAGCGAAGAUCAUUGCCAAUACACAGCAACAGCAGCAGCAGCAGUCGCAACCGCAGCCGCAACAGGCUCAAACCGUUCGAAUGGUGACCGCGCAGUUAUCUGGAAAGCAGAUAGUUCUAGCCAGCGGGAACAAGAACGUGGGCGUUGGAGUUAGUAGCAGCGGGAGCGUGGUACUUGGGAAACAACAGUCGUCGCAGCAACAGCAACAAACGCAACAACAGCCAAUUAUUUUACCGAGUCAGUUGCUCAAUAUCAAAACAUUGCACGGUUUGAAAGUGAUACCAACCCCGGCUGGAUUAAAAACCACAGGGGCAGCAGUUUACGCGCGGGUCAUCGCUCCGACUACUAUAACCUCGACGCAGUCGGCGAAUCAGCAACAAACCAUUCAAGCUCAACAACCAUCGAGGAGUAACUCUUACAGCACGCCUUGACAGAAUUGACGUCACUUUGUUUUAAUUUAAACGUUAUAAAUUUUGGCAUUUCGAAAUUAGAAAUACAGAAUUUUUAUGUAAAAAAAAGAUCGGGAUUUAAUAAAAAUCAAUUAAACUCGUACACGUAGGUUAAGCCGUGUACUCGUGUAUAGCUUUCGCGUAGUGAAAACGUGGAAAAGAAUGACGUGGGACACUGAAGAAUAAGAACAAUGUGAUCGUGACCUUCUUUUGUAUUAAGUGUCGGAUUAUUUACAAAUGCAUGGUACGAUUUUAAAUACAAAACACCGUUCUCUUUUUU